AAACGCAUUGCUCGAUGGCAGAUAUCAAAUUUUGCCUUCCUGUCCGUCCCCACUGGAACUUGAAGUGAAGAGCCAUUUCUUCUCCGAAGGAGGGAGGCUCGUCUGGCAGAUGGCAAGGUGGUGAAGCAGAAAACAAUGGGUCCCUAAAAGUUUGUCACAGACGGGCUUCAUCUGCGAUGUUCAUGCGUGCUAAAAGGCUGUUUUCUGGCAUCAACUCCGUGCUAUGUGAGAGCCUUCGAACCCGCGUACUGAGUGCCAAUUGCCAAAACCUGCUGAGUGGUCAGAUUGCCCCCAUUCAAUGCAGCUUAAGUAGUUCUCAGUCAUCAGCAUUUGCUCAGCAGAUUGAAGCAGCCAUUUCUCAGUUGAGAGCAAUCUCCUUUAAGUCUGGGGCCAUGGCACCAGCAUACAUUGGCGCCUUGGACCAGGGCACUACGAGCACUCGCUUUAUUAUGUAUGAUGAGCUGGCGCAUCAGGUGGCAUCUCACCAACUGGAACACAAGCAGAUAUGUCCACAGGCUGGGUGGGUGGAGCACGACCCUCUUGAGAUCCUGCAACGUGCGCGUGAAUGCAUCGAAGCCACGCUCCAGAAAGGCAAGAAGAAGGGCCUGCAAUUCGACAGCGACACAGUCAAGGGCAUUGGCAUCACUAACCAGCGCGAGACCACCCUGGUCUGGUCACGAAAAACGGGCAAACCGCUCUACAAUGCAAUCGUGUGGCUGGACAUCCGGACACGAACACUCUGCAAAAAGCUGUCAGACCAAUUUUCGGACGGUGUGGACCAUUUCAGGGGGGUCAGCGGCCUCCCAAUCAGCACGUACUUCAGCGCGGUUAAGCUGCGGUGGUUGAUGGAGAACGCGCCAGAGGUCAAGGAGGCAAUGGAGGCGGGGGAUGCGAUGUUUGGGACUCUGGACACGUGGCUCAUCUGGAACCUGACAGGUGGCGGAAGCGGAGGCGGCCGGUUUGUGACGGACUGUACGAAUGCGGCGCGGACGAUGCUGAUGGACUUGAGGACGUUGGAGUGGCACCAGGAUAGCUUGGACGAGCUGGGAAUCAAGCGGGACGUGCUGCCAGAGAUCGUCAGCAAUUCGGAAGAGUACGGUCGGGUGGCGGACGACUGGCCGCUCGCUGGAGUGCCGAUUGCCGGGUGCCUGGGGGACCAGAUGGCCGCCACAUUGGGGCAACGAUGCAAAAAGGGCGAGGCCAAAAACACGUACGGCACCGGCUGCUUCAUGCUUCUCAACACGGGGACGGAUAUUGUAUCAACUUCUCACGGGCUUCUCACCACCGUUGCAUACAAACUGGGCCCGCAAGCGGAGGCGCAGUACGCGUUGGAAGGCUCCAUCGCGGUGGCGGGGGGAGCAGUGCAGUGGCUUCGCGACAACCUGGGCAUCAUUCGGACGUCCGCCGAGAUCGAGGCCCUGUCGCGGACGGUUGCGGACACCGGGGGGCUGUACUUCGUGCCGGCGUUCAGCGGGCUGUUCGCCCCCCGGUGGCGGAACGACGCCCGGGGCGUCAUCGUCGGUCUCACGCAGUACUCCAACAAGGCGCACAUCGCACGCGCGGUGCUCGAGGCGAUCGCGUUCCAGACACGGGAAGUCCUUGACGCCAUGCGGGAGGACGUGGACUGGAAUGCCGGACACGUGUUGAGAGUCGACGGGGGCGCCAGCCAAAACGACUUGCUCAUGCAGAUUCAGGCUGACAUCCUCGGUCGACCUGUCCUCCGCCCUGAGGACGUCGAAACGACGGCGUUGGGCGCAGCGCUAGCAGCGGGUUUAGGGGUUGGCUUGUGGACGGAAGCAGACGUUUUCAGUAGCAAGCUCGGCAAAGGGGGCGUCAAAGAGUUCGAGCCCACAACGGAUGAAGCAGACCGGGAAGCUCGGUACAAGAAUUGGUGCCGUGCCGUUGAGAAAUCCUUGAACUUGGAUGACAUCGUCAAUUCACAAACCUGAGGUCGACUUGGGUGAUCCCCGAGUGCUGAGCAAAAACUUAGUUCGAGCACGAGACGGCGAUGAUCGUUGAGAGGUCAUAAGUGAUUUCCUAACAACCCGUAGAUUGAGGUGCUGGUCGCUUUCGAGAUCUUGGCGGCUGGAAUAGAAUCCUACCUUAUAACGUACAACCCAAUUCUCAUCACACUUGUAUGAGGCUGUCCUGAUUUACAAAGCAUGC